AUGAUGAUGAUAAAGUUAAUUAAACUAUUAUGCACUAAAUUAAUUGAAUUAAAUAUAUUCAAGUCACGUGAUAUUGGAGGUAAUAUUGAUCGGAUAACAGCGAAACGUUAUGGUCAAUGUGCUACUCGUCUUUAUUUGGCCUUAUUUCUAAGUGGCCUUAUUAUUCUCGUAUUCUACACAGUUAUUCAUCCACAUACUGUAAUAAAAAAUUUUAAUAAGCCAUUAUUUAGUGAUUACAAUCAUAUAAGAGAAAUCUAUGGUGAUGAAUUAAAGUGUUCAUGUUCAAAGAUAGCAUCGAAAUACAAUCAAUUCGUCGAAAUCAAAUCUGUACUUCAUCCAAUUUGUGGAAAGGAAUUUGUAUCGGAAAAGUGGCGAAUGGAUUUAGUAAGUGGUCUUCACCCUAAUUUAGCUGCAUAUGGAGACAGAGAUUAUCGUCGAUUUCUUUCCGCUCAUUUACAAUAUCUUCAAGGAUUGUGUCAACUUUCGCAAAAAUCAGUAGAUAAUACUAUUAAUGAAUAUGUCACAUCGCUAUUAGUCACGGUACAACUAUUAUCAGAAACUGAUUUUCAGAACCAACUUAACGCCUCAAUUGAACACAGUCGACUUAAUGCUCCUCUCUUGUUUUCUCGUUGUCUCUUUUUCAUUCAAAAUAACUUUCGUGCAAAUGCUUUUUUAUCAAUUUAUGGAACAGAUUUCAAGUUUCCUAUUGAAAGUCAAAGUUAUACAGGAUAUUUAUACGCAGAACCUGUAAUCUAUGAUAAUGGAUGUUCUUGUGAAAUGUCUUCAAACUGUACAACUCAAGCAACUUUUAUUGAAACAGAUUCAUCUAAGAUUAUUUCUGUCCUUGGUAUGAAAAUGGGAUGCACUCCAACUGAAUCAUUUCUUGCCUCGACUCUUGAAUGUUUCUAUAAUCAAUCAUGCCUUGAUUUUAUUCAACAAUAUACAAACUAUUCAAAUUCUUUAACUCCACUUUCAACAACAAUUCUUAGUCGUUUCUCACAGAAUACAACAAUAACUGAACUUAUCAGACACUUAUUCAUUGAGAAAUGGUCGACAAAAAUAAAUUAUUCAUCAUAUUAUGAACAAUGUUCGCCUUCACUGUGUUCUUAUAUCAGUGUCGAAAACUUUGAUAUAAUCUAUUCAAUUACUGUUAUAUUAAGUAUUCAAGGUGGUUUAACUAUCGUUCUGAAAUGGCUUUGUCCGAAACUCGUUCAAACUGGAUCAAAGAUAUAUCAUUUUCGAAAGAAACGAAUAACUUCUAUUCAUCCAAAGGAUUCUCUUGCAAUAUCGUCCCAAGUGUCUACUAACAGAAUUAUUCAAAAUACUACUUCGGUUGUUACAGAGAGACCGAUAAAUCUAGCAUCACAAAAUAAUCUUAUACCACAUAAUCGAUUGUUUUUCAAGAUAGUAUUUGUAAUAAUUGUUUUAUGCAUGUUAGGAGGUAUUGUUAUGUUUUCAAUUUAUUAUACUCGACAAGAUUUAACUACGGAAGUAACAAUGACCGAUAAUUUAAACACAACAAUAGGCACAAUAAUAUCAACAUCUAUCGGAACAUCAACAGAGUCCAUAUGCCAACCUAAAUUUGACUAUAUAUUUAUUAAUGCAUCAUGUUACUAUUUUGACGAUGUAGACGCGGCAAUCGCUGUCGAUGUAAAUGCUGAUGAUAAAUUCGAUGUAAUAUUUUACUGUCCUCCUGAACAGACAUUGAAUAUAUUACUUGGGAAAGGCAAUAAUGGUACAUUUGAAAAACCGAACAUCUAUCCAUUUGACAAUAAUGCAUUGGUUUCUCAAAUUCUUUCUGGUGAUGUCAACAAUGAUAGUCAAAUCGAUUUAAUUUUAGUAUAUCGUAUUAGUAGUGAUGAUCAAUCUUAUUUUGGCAUUUUACUUGGAAAUGGCAACGGGACAUUUCAGAUCGAAAGUAUGCAAUCGAUAGCUACAACUGGCACUCCAAAAAAAACUUUGUUCGUUGAUUUGAAUAAUGAUAAAUUGUUGGAUAUUAUUAGUGCGAAUACAGGUGAUAAUCUUCAGAUAAUUUAUGGCAAUGAUAGUGAAACGUUUUUGUCACCGUUAACAUUGCAUAUAGGAUAUGAUGGUGGAAGCGAAGGUUUAGUUAUUGGCGAUUUUAAUAAUGACAGUUACAUGGAUAUUGCUGUACUCCAUGAGAGGGAUCUCCAUAUUCAUGUGUUUUUUGCUAGCGUUAAUAGAAGCGUAUGGUUACAUAAAUGGUUUUUCACUACAAUUAGAACCUACGAUGGCACUAUAGUAAGUGGUGACUUCGAUAGUGAUAAUGGAACAGAUAUCGUUUUUCUUACUAUGUACUAUGAAUAUUUUUCUAAGUUAUAUCGAUAUAAGAAUGGCACUUUUCAUACUGAUGAGCAUACUUUCAGUACUAUGGAAGACCAAAAAUCAAUUAACUUAGCAGUUGUCGGUGAUUUGAAUAGCGAUUCUUAUUUAGACAUAACUAUUAUUGGUAAAUAUUCACAUCUUAUCUACAGUCUUCUUGGAACUAGAUCGGAAAAAUUCGAAAUCCAUCAAAUUCUUGAUGUUGACGAAUAUCAACAUAGGACAUGGAUCGAUAUUAUUGAUAUUAAUCAUGACGGUUGUCCGGAUAUAAUUACUCUAACUCGUUUCGCUGAUUUAUAUCAUCAAAUGUUGGAAAUUUUUUUCAAUACAUGUGUAUGUUACACACGUUAG